GCAUUUAUACAAGGGUGUCCUGACAAAAGCGAGUGUUUUAAUUAGUUGUUAAAAUAUAGACAUCAAACAUAUGAAUUAGUGUUAAUAUACACAGAAAUUGGUGUUAAUAAACAAAGAUGUAAAUAAAAGGAUGUAUAUACUAACAACAGCAUGCUUCGUUGUCGGUUUCAUCGAAGUGGGUCUUGGGGGUAUGCACAUCAGGUCAUUGAGCGCGACACAAGUACAUGUUGACCCCUGUCUGGCUAGCACACUUCGUAAUAUAUCUCAUAUUAAUGAGAGGUACGCCAAAUUGGAAAACAACUGUCUUUAUACUGACCGCAGAAUUGAAACCGCUUGGUUUUAUGCCGGUGUGGAUCCUAUAGUGACGUUUCCACCAAGCCUCUGUAGAUGUGGAUAUAAGUUUCCUAUAUGGAUGAAUGGAACACUUCCAAGCCCUGAUGAUGGGGUAGUCAACCGAACAGCUUGUAUCAAAUUCACGCAGCCUUGCUAUAGAAAAUUGGACAUAAAGAUAAAAAACUGCGGGGAGUCCUAUAUUUAUCAUCUUACGCCGCCAGGACUGGAUGAUUCUGGAUAUUGUUUUGGUAUCGAAAAACCAGAACCCCCAAAAGCGCCAGAUGAACACAAACUACCUAAUGCAAUCGUUUCAAUUCAACAAAAAGAAACAACAGACAACAGUGUUACCUGUACAGUCAAUAUUACUGCUAUCGAUGAUAAUUAUAAGGCUACUAUUGAGUUAGUUAACUCUGACGGAUUAGUCAUUCAGACCAUAGUUUUAAACAAGAAGUUAAUGUUUUAUACGUGGGUUGAUCUUUCGACAGCGACAAAUUAUACCAUUCAUGUAUAUGUCUUUAACAACGGAGUGAAGACAGAAAUUGCUUCGGCGUGGGUAGUAACAAAAGCGCCAUAUCGCCCAGCAAGAGCCCAUGUUGAUGUGUUACAAAAUACAAUAACCAACAGUGGGUUUUCUUCUGUUAUAACCUUUGAUUAUGGAAGCGACAAUAAAGCCGGAUAUGGAAAACUCGUACAACAGGACGGCGUUGUCAUUCUGACAUUCCCGGUGGACAAUAGUUCAUACAAUCGAACUUUCAAGGGUCUAAAUGUCGGAACAAAGUAUACGAUUGAAGUGUACAUUAACAUACACGAGGAACACAUACAGCUUGCGCAUGAAUCCAUUUUUACAAAGCCAGAAAUUGAAGUCUUUAUUGAAUCGAAGUGGGAUGAAGAAAUGAUUCGAAAUUUCACAGUAUUUCAAUGCAACUUUAAUCAUUCACCAGAAACUACAUAUAGAGUUGCAUGGUUUGUUCAAAGUAAAGAAGGAAAUCAUACUAUAGAGAAAACAGCUGGAGUUGGUGAAGAAAUAGAACGACUUUUUGCAACAGAAAAAGACCUUAUGAAUCAUCAUAUUGCACUGCCAUUUACUAUCGCCUGUAAAGUAUUUGAAAUACCACAAGUUAUUAAAGAAGAGCUUUCACCUGCGUCAACGAGUUUAUUUGCUGGAAUCAAGAUAUUGACACCGACGAUAAGUAUGCACAGGGAUGAGACUGCAUCAAUUAUGAUCUCUCCAACUAUUCCAUUCGGCUGCACCAUCCUGCAAAAGACAGGGAUAAUCAGUUGUAAUCUUCUUACAUUGGCAAUAUCUAUUCCAGUCAGUAAAAACUGUACCGGCCUUUCAACAAGAAAAUGCACAAUCACUGUACCGGGAAAUGCUGGUAGCAUUAGUAGUCUUCAAAUACAAGCUACAGAAGAUGGACAAUACGGCGUACAAAAAGAUGCUACACAUAAAGUGAUCCUAAGAACAAAUCACGUGUCAGAUGAUUCGAUAUGGAGGGAUUAUACAUUACCUGCUGUGACGGUUUUGGUUAAACCGGAAACAAGCACGUAUUAUCGAGGUAAAAGAUGUGAAGCUUUGAACGACCCACACAUGUACACAUUUGACGGGAAGCGCUACGAACACCACGAACACCUGUCGGACGAAUACGUCUUGUACACUCACGUAUCAUACACAGCCAAGGUAAACUUUUUAGGUUUAAAUAGUCCUAAAAUACUGCUUAUCGCGCAAAAAAGCUUUUCGU